AAUCUUUUCCUACUACUAGUCCGAAGACUAAUAUCCAAACAAUUUCCUAUGUGUCUAAACAAAUAUUUGCAAAUUCUUAACUAGUCCGAAUGAAAUUUUUCUAGCCUGGGGUAUAGGACUAGUGGCUAAUGGUGCAGACUGUAAAUUCAGUUUUAAGGUUUUUCUUGGUAAAACUUAUGUAAAGAUUUCAAGGACUGAAUGAUAUGCACAUACAGGUAGUUUGGAAAUAUAGGUUAACAUUAUAUGCAAAAUAUUGUGUUAAUAAAUGCACUAUGCAUGUUAUUUACAUAGAUGAAUAACAUAGCGUUGAUGUUUUUCCUGAGGAAGGAUAUAAAUAAUGUAUCCUGUUUGAUUAGGUCGAUUUGUAUUUUAGUCUUUUCAUCCUGAUUUUAAUCACAAUAUAUGGGGAAGAAAUGAAAAACAAAAAAUUUGAAUUAUAAGGAAAUUAUGAUUUCAUUUCUUACUGACAGGAAGAGCCAUUGUAUGAAGGUCAGCAGAUAAGUGUUACCAGAGAGAGGACACCAAGUUCUAGUACAUCUAGAAGUUCAGGUCAUUCGUAUCCCGAGAGGUCAACAUCAUCACCAGCACCUAGACAAAUGUCAUCAAUUAGCAACAACCUGUCCGAGCUUGACCAGCUCCUUCAGGACCUCAACUCGGCACAGUUUAUGGCUGAAGUUGAUAAAAGGAACAGUGCUAACCAGCCACUGCAACAAAAUGGUGUGAUAAAUGAUGGCAACAAGCCACCGGCUCCACAAGUGGCACCCAAACCUAACAGAUCUGAGAAACGUAAUACUGUAGACAAUUUAUUGGACCAAUUAGAAAAUGCCUUACCAGAUGGACCAAGGAGAAGUGAGGAAGCAACAUAUGACUACACAUUGUCACAUACAGCUAACAAUGCUGGAUUCCCACAGUCCCCUCCCCCUCCUGCACAUCAACCUGUUACCAAACAGGCGUCAACUGCUACUAGAGAACUUGAUGAUCUGAUGGCUACGUUAUCAGAAUUUAAGGUGUCAGGGCAACAACAGCCACAAGUCAGAUCACCAUCACCUAAUGAACCAUCAUAUGCAAAACCAAACAAGAGUAGAAAUGUAGGUCAAGGUCAGAUGUCUAGUCAAGGUCACAUUUCAAAUGCUGGUGGUGCUCAACACACAGGAGAACUUGAAUCUAUGUUAGGAGAUAUCCAAUCAAAGCUUUCUGAACAAGGAGUGACUACUAAAACAAAAGGACUCUGUGGUGCAUGUAAUCAACCUGUUAUUGGUCAGGUUAUAACAGCAUUGGGUAAAGUUUGGCACAUAGAGCAUUUUGUUUGUGAACAAUGUAAUGUGCCAUUAGGAACCAAGAAUUUCUAUGAAAGAGAUGGAGCUGCAUUUUGUGAAGAAGACUACCACAGGAUUUUCGCCCCCAAAUGUAGCUAUUGUAAUGGACCUAUUGUUGAUAAAUGUGUAACAGCUUUGGGAAGUACAUGGCACCCCGAACAUUUCUUCUGUGCCCAGUGUGGACGACCAUUUGGGGAAGAUGGAUUUCAUGAAAUGGAUGGGAAAGCAUACUGCAGAGAUGACUACUUGGAAAUGUUUGCUCCUCGUUGUGGAGGGUGUGGUCGUCCUAUCUUAGAUAAUUAUAUCUCAGCACUGAGUAGACACUGGCAUCCAGAAUGUUUUGCCUGCAGGGAUUGUGGUCAACCCUUUGGAGGAAGGAGUUUUUUCGAACAUGAAGGAUUACCAUACUGUGAAACUCAUUACCAUGCAAAGAGAGGCUCAUUGUGUGCCAGCUGUCAGAAACCAAUAUCUGGCCGUUGUAUAACAGCCAUGUUUAAGAAAUUUCACCCGGAACAUUUUGUAUGUGCCUUCUGCUUAAAACAGUUAAACAAAGGCACAUUUAAAGAGCAGAACGAUAAACCAUAUUGUCAUCCAUGUUUUGUCAAACUUUUCGGUUAAAUUUUAUAAAUUUUAUUUGUAUACGUAUUAUUUGAUAUUUUGUAUCAUGUAGAGACAAUUAUAUUUCUGUUUUACAAAGAUUUUAUUUGUACAUUGAAUAUUUUGUGUCAGAAUUUUUUUUACAACAAGAACGAAUUAUCAUCGUAACAUUUUUGUCUCGCCUUGAUGGAGUCAAAAAGCGAGACAUAGGUAUGCUGUUUACGGUGGUGGCAGCGACGUCGGCGUCAACAAUGUAUUAGUUUGUGAUUAGGUAAGUUCAAGGGGAACCAUUAGUGGUAGGCAGAUGUUAAUUGGUGUUCAGUUGUAUAAGCAUUAGCACAUCUCAUUUCCAUGGAGAAUAUUUGGCCCCGCCCCCUCAGUCAUGGUCUAUUUACUUUGAAACUUUUGCUUAGUUUACAUGUAUUAGUUUGUGAUUAGAUCAGUUUAAGAUGAACUGCUAAUGUUAAGUCAAUGAUAUUUGGUAUGCAGAUUUAUUGGCAUUUGCAAGUAUCCUUUCCAUGGAGAUUAUAUAGCCCCACCCCUGAUCAUGGUUAAUUGACUUUGAAACUUUUACAUAGUUUACAAGUUAAUGUUUGUGUUUAGGUUUGUUGAAAGGGAACGACUUAUGAUAAGUCAAUGGUAUUUGGUAUGCAGUUGUAUUAGCAUUGGCACAUCUCAUUUCAUGGAGAUUGUUUAGCCAUGUACUUUCAGUCAUGGUUCCUCGACUUUGAAUAUUUGCAUAACUUACAUGUUAAAGUAUUGCUAUUUUAAUUUCAACAUUUGCAUUAUCAAAAUUACAAAAAGGCGAGACAUAUCUCUGUGAUAACAGUUUAUUUCUAAUUCACCAUAGAAAAGUCAUACUCACUGAAUAGUAAUUUCAUUGUUGUUUCUAUGAUAUUUAUUCAAUUUUUGUUUGUAUGCUGGAUGUUAAAGCAAGAAAAAAUCACUCAAUUUUUUUUGUUUGAAUAAAUUCAGAAAUUUGACAAGGAUAUCCAGACUUCAUCUCUUUAUUUCUAUUUUCCAUUUACCUUAUAAAUCAAGUAUCACACUCAUAUAUUUUACAUCCAAUGGCAUUUUACGAUGAUUUGUUUUAAUUAAGUUGGGGUUUGAAGUGGGAGCUCUAAUUGGUUUCCUCAACUGUUAAAUUUUCAGUGUAUAAAGUUUAUAGUAGUGUAAAUGUAUGAAAGGAGAGGAAAUAACAUUUAAUCUGAAGUGUUUAUUAAAAAUCAUUCUGGCCAUUUUGAGUAAAAAAAUCUCUAAAAAGGUUACCACUUAAACAAGUGGCAAUUCUGUGUUAUUAACUGGCUUUGUACAGGCACUUUACAAUUAAAAACAAAUUAAACUCCACUUUAUUACAGAGGUUACUUCUAGAUUUUUAAAAAUUUCUUGUCCACAGCAACAAAUAUUCCAUAAACAAGUAUCAUGUAAAUAGCAAUCAUUUCAUGUUUUUUCCAAGUGCAGUUCUUAGACACUCAUUCACAGUUCCAAUAAUGUAUGCAUCCUGAAAUUUUUUUUAAAAAUACUGAAGAAGGUGCAAUAGUUUAGUAAUCUUGAACUGGAUAUUUUAAAUUCUUAUUUCGUCAUUCAAUUCUUUUGUACCACAGAUACAAAUAAAUAUAAGUCAUACUUCUAGUGAUUAGGAAUAGAAUGCUCGCCUUUUGCACGUUUUAUACCCAAAAAAAAUAUUUUGAAUAGAAAGAUUUUAAACUUGGAUUUUCCUAUGAGUUGAAUGUUUUGUUUUCUUUGUGUAUGUACUGAGAUUUCUUUGUGUAUGUACUGAGAUUUCUUUGUGUAUGUACUGAGAUUUCUUUGUGUAUGUACUGAGAUUUCUUUGUGUAUGUACUGAGAUUUCUUUGUGUAUGUACUGAGAUGUAUAAAAGUAUUUGUCUUUGCAUAUAAAUUGUUUUUGAUGUUAUAUAUCUGUUCAACACCCUAUGUAUUUAUUGUUCAAAGGGGUGCUCUAUGCAUUUACAUUAUGUUACAUUAAUCUUGGCUAUUCCAUUGGAAUUUAUCUUAGGAGUACUGGCAAUGCUAGUUGGUUAUUUACUGUAGCUAGGCUACAAAGGGGAGAUAAUUCAAAUGCUAAAAGGGGAUUAAUUUUUUUGCUUUUACACAAUUUAGCAGAAAAUAUUCUGUUAUAAAAUAAUUUAAUAAGUACUUUUUAUCUAACAUUAAAUUGGAAAAAGUUAAAAUUUUAUCAUUUUAUCAAUUCAAACCAGCUCAAGAAAUGUUUUGAAACUUUGAAUAUAAUAAGUAUUUUGCAGAAGUUGUAACUUUCUGUAUGAAACAAUGGAUGUCUUUGCAAGGCACAUCAAAAAAAUCUGAAAAUUCACUUAGACUUUGGAUAAAAAAAAAUCAAUGAAUACAUAAAUUGGAAUGACCGUUAUCUACCUAAAACCAGUUAUAAAAGGGAGAUAAUUUAAAAUUCUUUACAUUGUCUCUAAUAAUUUUUUUUCUGCACUUCUAAUGAAAAAAGCUUAUGGCAGAUUUUAAUAAAAUGGGAUAAUUUGGUUUUCUUAUUACUUGAAACAGUAGCUUUUUAUAUAUUUUGAUUAUUUUUGAUAUGGUGUUUUGGAUUUAAAUCAACUAAACCACAGUGUUUUUACAUAUAAACAACACAUUUUAUAUAAAUAUUUUGUGGUUCUUGCAUGCAUUCGAUAUUUCACAAAAAUAGCAAUUUUGUAACUUUUGAAAAAAAAAACUUGUUGUAGAUAUUGAACUUAUGCAUAUAAUUGACCAGUGGAACUUGAAUCAAAACUGUCCAAACCAAAUAAAUUACUAAGCUGAAGAGCAAAUCAAUCAACUUGUUGAAUAUAUAUCAUCUUUGACAUUAAAAUCUCAGUGAAUAGGCCUAGUAAAAAUGGAAUGACUUGACCAUGAAGACUUUGCUAACACCUAUCACACAAUUAAACACAAACAUUUUGUAUUUACAUGAUUUUGUAAACAUGCAUUUUUAGCCCAAAAUUUUUUUCGAAUCCCUUAUAAACAAAUGAUAAAGAAAAUGAAAAAUUGAGAAACACAUAACAACAUUGAUCUUAUAGGUCUUUAACUAGUAAGUUGCAUCAUAGCUAUUUAUAGUUUCAUUUUGUGUAUUUUAUGUUCAUCUUGACUAGAAAUCAUUUUAAAUGUGAUUGCUUGAAGAAGGAUGGAGAUGUUCAUUUCUUUGUAAACAAGAAUUAUGAAAUUUAUUAAAUAAAUUUCAUAUAAUAUUUAUGUUGUAUAAGAUUUAUCUGAUGGUCAUAUAUUUUUAUCAUUCAUAGCUUACAGCUUACAAGAGGGUCUGGAUGGGGUUUACAGAAUAGAGAAUAAUGGGCAAAAUGUGCAGAAUUAAGGGCUAAAAAAAUAAAGAAUAGAGAAUAAUGGGAUGCUAAAAUAUAUAGAAAAGAGAAUAACCUGCAAAUUUCAUAAAGAAUAGAGAAAGAUUGCCUAAAAAAUUAAAGAAUACAGAAAUGAAGAACCCCCCCCCCCCCCCCCCAAUCCACACCCUCUUACAACAAGUGUUGAAGGGUUGCUGUCAUGUUGACUUUGACUUUUUAUCUAUCUAUUGCUCUCGUGCAUUAUUUACUGUUUUUUUUCAUGUAACUACGAUUCAAUAUUUAAAAUUUUACAAGAAUGAACAUAUUUAAAAAUGAUAGGAACUCCACUCUGAACAUUUUUGAUUGGACAAAACUUGUAGUUAAAGAGGUGGAGUCUGUACAGUGUUAGGACUGAAGUUUGACUAUGGAAUAAUAGAAAUACUAAAAUGAAUACAUGCAGUGUUCUCCCCAGUAUUUUUAACUAGUACUCAGAAAGCCAAACAUGAUCAUCAAAACCAAAAAGAGGCUAAGCAGAACAACCUAAUUCAUGGCUAGCUUUCAUUAAGGAUGUUGUGACUUUAGUUUUAACAAAGAUACUGUUAUUUCAGAAAUUAAUGUGUGCAUUUAUUAUUGUGAAUCCUUGUGACCACUGGCAAAAACUCUUAAGAUCUAAUAAAUGUGAUUGCAAAAAUUUAAUAACGGUAAAUCACUUCUGAUAUUAUGAAUACGAUUCUUUAUUAUUGCGAACCUGAUACUGUUGCAUUUUUCGCAUGAAUAAAAACAUUGAAAUAAUUUCUAAAUUAUAUUAUAUAAUUUUUUUUAACUGAUGAACGAAAGGAAUGCAUCAUUUUGUAAAAAUAUGAAUGUUUUUCUGGAAUGGAAAUUGCCUGCUGCUGGUCUCUGCUGCAUGUAUAUUGAUUAUUUUGCGUACAUUUUGUAUCAUUUUGAUAAUUUGAUUGGUUAAUCAUUUUAUAAGAAAAAAUCAUGUUUAUGAUUACAAAGUAUGAAUAAUUUUUUAUACAAUAACUUAUUUUUAUAGUAGCAAUCAGUAUUAUGUUGGAAAUGAAUUUUCAUAUUCAUAAAUAUCAUUAUUUAUCAAUGAUCAGAUUGAUAAAAAUUAUAUGUUUCAAUAUAAGGCUAUGUCUUUCUAAGAUAUUACCUUAAAAUCUGUUUCUUUGGUGAUUGCACCAAAAUAAAUAGUGACCUCAGCCUCAAACCUCAGUCAGUAUUGAUUUUUGAUCAAUUUGACCCUCAUAAUUUAGUUUUACAAAGAACUUUUAUAGCAAUAUUGAGAUCACCUAAUUAAGUUAUUAAAAUAAUGACAUCACAAAUGAAUAUAUAUUAAGACUUUAUUUUUAUUUCACGAUUUAUGGACAGUUUGUUAAAUCUUAAAUUAAUUUAAGUGCCUUUAUUGUUAGUUUUUUGUAAGACUUCUUAGAUUACAUUGUAAAAGUUGUUUCAGGACUUACCAGGCAAGCAUAUGUUUCAUUUUUUCAUUGAUAUCUUGAAUGUCAUCUAACCACUAUUGAACAAUAUCUUGUUUAUUUGCUGUUAACCUGGUGACAUUUCAUUAUACAUUUAUAUUAUGCUUUACAAAUACAAUAUAUGAAUAUA